GGCGGCGGUGGAGGCGGGGAUUCCGCGGCUGCGGCGACGGCUGCCGCUGUGGAGCCACUGGGCGGGCUCGGCUCAGCGUGACGGUGGCCGCGGCGGCGGCCGCGACCAGGUCAGCGUCCUCGGCCAGUGAGCAUGGUGGCAGCCUGCACCCUCGGCUCCCUCGUCUGGCGCAGCCAGAAGAGCCGCCAGCCUAGGGUGCCAAUGGCUCCCCACGUGAGGGAGUGAGCGGCCUGCCCCACCCCACCCACUGAUGGGGGACAUAGUGGCCCAGUGACUGAGAGUGCGCCACCAACCACCUCCCACCAGGUGACGAAUGGUGGACAGAGUGACCAGUGGCCCCUGCCAGGGUCGUGGAAUGAUGGGAAGUGAGGCAUGAGCGGCCCUCGUGGUCGCCUGUGACUGUUGGAAAUAGAGGUCCCAGUGCCCCAGGCCAAGCCAGUGGACCCUCCUGGCCACCACCCUGGCUGAUGGGACCAGUGGGGCCCCAAGAAGCCGUGUGACCAUCCAGACCCCAUCCCACCCAGCCAUGGCGGGCGCUGAGGGCUUCCAGUACCGGGCACUGUACCCGUUCCGCCGGGAGCGGCCGGAGGACCUGGAGCUGCUGCCGGGCGACGUGCUGGUGGUGAGCCGGGCAGCCCUGCAGGCGCUAGGCGUGGCAGAGGGUGGCGAGCGCUGCCCGCAGACCGUGGGCUGGAUGCCCGGCCUCAACGAGCGCACACGGCAGCGAGGUGACUUCCCUGGUACCUACGUGGAGUUCCUAGGGCCUGUGGCCCUGGCCUGGCCUGGCCCUCGCCCACGGGGCCCCCGUCCACUGCCUGCCAGGCCACGCGAUGGGCCCCCUGAGCCAGGCCUUGCACUCCCCGACCUGCCGGAGCAGUUCUCCCCUCCUGAUGUGGCACCCCCUCUUCUGGUGAAGCUCGUGGAGGCCACUGAGCGGACAGGACUGGACAGCGAAUCUUACUACAGGCUGGAGCUGCCCGCCCCGCGCACAGACUGGUCCCUGAGCGACAUGGAUCAGUGGGACGCGACAGCCCUGGCAGACGGCAUUAAGGGCUUCCUGCUGGCGCUGCCCGCACCCCUCGUGACACCCGAGGCCUCGGCCGAGGCGCGCCGGGCCCUGCGGGAGGCCGCGGGGCCCCUGGGGCCGCUGCUGGAGCCCCCGACGCUGCCGCUGCACCGCGCCCUCACGCUGCGCUUCCUGCUGCAGCACCUGGGCCGCGUGGCCCGCCGCGCCCCUGCCUUGGGUCCCGCAGUGCGGGCGCUGGGCGCCACCUUCGGGCCGCUGCUGCUACGCGCGCCACCGGCCUCGCCGCCCCCGGGGGGCGCAUCGGACGGGAGUGAGCCCAACCCUGACUUCCCGGCACUGCUGGUGGAGAAGCUGCUUCGGGAACAUUUGGAAGAGCAGGAAGUUGCGCCCCCAGCGCUGCCGCCUAAACCCUCCAAGACAAAGCUGGCCCCCGCAGGCCUAGCCAAUGGUGGGAGCCCACCCGCCUUACAAGACGCUGAGUGGUACUGGGGGGACAUCUCCAGGGAGGAGGUGAAUGAGAAACUUCGGGACACGCCUGAUGGCACCUUUCUUGUCCGAGACGCAUCCAGCAAGAUCCAAGGGGAGUACACGCUGACCCUCAGGAAAGGCGGGAACAAUAAGCUGAUAAAGGUCUUCCACCGCGACGGGCACUAUGGCUUCUCGGAGCCACUCACCUUCUGCUCUGUCGUGGACCUCAUCAACCACUACCGCCACGAGUCGCUGGCCCAGUAUAAUGCCAAGCUGGACACGCGGCUCCUCUACCCAGUUUCCAAGUACCAGCAGGACCAGAUCGUCAAGGAGGACAGCGUGGAGGCGGUGGGCGCCCAGCUCAAAGUCUACCACCAGCAAUACCAGGACAAGAGCCGAGAGUACGACCAGCUCUAUGAGGAGUACACACGUACCUCCCAGGAGCUACAGAUGAAGCGCACAGCAAUUGAGGCCUUCAACGAGACCAUCAAGAUCUUCGAAGAGCAGGGAGAGACGCAGGAGAAGUGCAGCAAGGAAUAUCUAGAGCGCUUCCGGCGUGAGGGCAACGAGAAGGAGAUGCAGAGGAUCCUGCUGAACUCAGAGCGGCUCAAGUCUCGCAUCGCGGAGAUCCAUGAGAGCCGCACAAAGCUAGAGCAGCAGCUGCGGGCGCAGGCCUCGGACAACCGGGAGAUCGACAAGCGCAUGAACAGCCUCAAGCCAGACCUCAUGCAGCUGCGCAAGAUCCGAGACCAGUACCUCGUGUGGCUCACCCAGAAAGGCGCCCGGCAGAAGAAAAUCAACGAGUGGUUGGGGAUCAAAAACGAGACUGAGGACCAGUACGCGCUGAUGGAGGAUGAGGACGAUCUCCCCCACCAUGAGGAGCGCACGUGGUACGUGGGCAAGAUCAACCGCACGCAGGCUGAGGAAAUGCUGAGCGGCAAGCGGGACGGCACCUUCCUCAUCCGGGAGAGCAGCCAGCGCGGCUGUUACGCUUGCUCCGUGGUGGUGGACGGUGACACCAAGCACUGCGUCAUCUACCGCACGGCCACUGGCUUCGGCUUCGCGGAGCCCUACAACCUGUACGGGUCCCUGAAGGAGCUGGUGCUGCACUACCAGCACGCGUCGCUUGUGCAGCACAACGACGCGCUUGCAGUCACCCUUGCGCACCCGGUGCGCGCCCCGGGCCCGGGCCCGCCGCCUGCUGCCCGCUGAGCGCCGCCUGGGACCCGCCUAGCAGAGCCACCCCGGGCCACAGGACAGACCGGCUGCGCCCGGGGGCUUCCAGCUCCCUGGCUCUCCUUCGGGUUCUCAGCGCAACUGUCUCCCCAUGCCUCUCCCCAAGUCUCUCCCCCUGUCGCUCUGUCUCCAGCUGUCUGUCUCCAUGUGUGGGGUCCUGCCUGUCCCCCUUCUCCCUGGGCACUGCCCUCACCGUGCCCCAGCCACUCAACCCUCUGCCCUGCCCGCGACAGGUCUCCUGGGUCCAGGGAGCCCCUCCUGGCUGCACCUGCCAUGUUUACAGAGGCCCCCGGGCUGCGCGGCCCCAGCCUGGGCGGCCCGAUUUUUAAGCCAUAGACCUGGGGUCAGGGCAGGAAGGAACUUCCCCCCACUGCUUCCAAGAACCUUGGCCGUGACAUUCGGGGCUGGGCGGGACCUGCCCCCACGGACCCCAACUUCCCCUCCAAACCCAGAAGUGAAACCUGCUGCCGACUUAUCCCCACGAUGGGGCCGCGACAAUAAGUUCCCCUGCCCCGCAAAAAAAUAAUUAAAAAUAAAGUCGUGAGCCCGCCCCAGCCCCCCCACAACCGCGGCCCCCAGUGCUGGCGCCGCCUUAGUGGCUGAGAUGCGAUGCUGCCCACGCGUUUCCAGUGGGUGCAGAUUCAGGGCUUCUCAAUCAUAUUGGGUUUUGAUUUCAUUUUUCCUUGACUGCAAAACCCUCUUUUCUCUUCUCUUUUGGGACAAGAGCCCUGGUUUUCUACACUGCCCUUGGCCACCACACUGCCUGCCCGGCUCGACCGGGAGGCAGGUUUUGUACGGUACGUUGUUACAGAUAUAAAACCUCAAACACGGUGGACGGUUCUGUCGUCAGUGA